UUUUCCUUCUCUAGAGAUGAAAUCACGCGAAUCUAUGAUGAGUCAGCUGGGAACUUCUAGAGCUCACCCCACUGCAUUGACAUCUAGAUUAACAAAUUCUCUCCCAGAGGCCACCUCAAGAAGCAACUUAGCAUCUAGACAGCUAGCUUCCUCUCCCGGAUUAAACACUUCAAGUUCUAGUCUUCAAAGACCAUCUUCUUCAGGUGGAUCAAGACCUUCAACUCCUACUGGUAGACCGACAUUGAGCUCAUCUAGAUCCACCUCGACCUCAGCAUCUAGAUUCACAUCUGCUGCAGCAACCAAAGCAAUGGCAUCCACUGCAACCUCUAGAUCAAUGUCAACCACGACAGCAUCUAGAUCAUCAAGGUCUGCAACACCUACUUCUCGGGCCACCAUGCCUUCUGCAAAACCCACUGUUCCUCCAAGAUCUUCAACACCUACUGCAAGAUCCAGUGCACGGUCCUCAACACCAACAAGCAGGGCCUCAGUUACUGAAUCAAAGUCCACAUCAAGGGCAGCAACUCCAACUCGUCGAGCAACUUCAGUGUCAAGUACAACAAAUACAACUGUUCCUCCAGUUAAAUCUGUGUAUUCCCCUUCGGGUACCAGGUCAGCUACAACGGCAUAACGAAACCCUGCAGCCUCACGUGCUAGUUCUCCAACUGUAAAACCCAGACCAUGGAAGCCUUCAGAUAUACCAGGGUUCUCCCUUGAUGCUCCACCCAAUUUAAGGACAUCACUACCUGACAGGCCAAUUUCAGCUACAAGGGGCAGACCUGGAGCAGCUAGUGUCAGGUCUUCAUCUGUUGAGC